AUGGCAGGAGAGCUGUGGAACAGGGUAAACAUUCUGUUUCCCAGUGCCGUUUCUAGUGUCCGUGUGCACUUCAGCUCAGCUACAGAUGCAAAUGUUAAAGCCCUGUUGGUGGAAAACGAGAAGGUGCUGAAGCUAAUUCAGAGUGAGCUUCUUCAGACGGAGGUGCGAGUUCUGUACGAUCUGCUGUACGUCCUCAAUAACAGCUUCAGGAGCAACAAGACGCUCAAAGGCUUAAAGCAGGUGGAACAAUGCAUGAACAGGCUGAAGAACAUGAAGCUCGACGUUGCUCUGCAGGAGCUGACAGAGCUGUGUCCCAAUAGAAUUCAAAGACAACUGGGCAUCAAGGCUGGGGAGUGUGAUGUUCCCAGUCAGCCGUUGCUGGAGUGGCUGUGCCUCAAAGUGCUGGGAGCCGCCCAGCUGAUGAGCUGCACUUUGAAUCGCUGCAGCAGAGCUUUCAUAUUCUCAAAGCAACACCUGAAAUGGGAGGAGUUUAUUGUGUUGAACGUGGUGGUGACCAGCAUGCUCAGCCGUCUCUGGGUGAUUUGCCGCGGCGUCCUGGUCAGUCUGUCCACUCUGUAUCAGCACCUCCUGGAGCUCCUCAGAGAAGUAGCCAACGCCCAGUCCAUGCCCUUCCUCACAGACUUCUCCCUGCCGGCAGAUAUGACCCAGUUCCUGGGUCCCUCUGAUGCAUUUUUACUGACCAAACAGUCAGCACACUUUCCCCAUGCCAAAGACCACAAGGAGAAGCAGCAGAGGAGAAAGAGAUCUGUCAAAGUCAAGAACCAGGGACAGAGAAGGAAGCUUAAAGAGGACCUGGGUGUUGCUAUUGAAAGAGGUAUAGUUCUCGACACUGACCUGAAGCCUUUUCUCAAGGUUUUCAAGAACUUUACAGAGGACAGACGCGAGGCUGAUCAGAAACAAAGGUUCAAGAAACAAGUGAGAGAGGCUACCACGUUCACAGAGAUGUCAACCCACCUAGAGGAAAUGAUUGAAUGGUUCAAAUCCCAAAAGAUGGAAAAGGAAAAACGUCUCUUGACCUUCCUGCGUUUGAAGUGCGAAAGGAUGAAAUGCCUCGAAGCAGCAGGUUACAAUGUCCAGAGGAAGUUGCGGACCUUCAGACAGGAAGCUCGUUGGGCUUCAUCGCCUCAAGGGCCAGUGCCGAGCACCUGUCGGUCUUCUGCUGCAGAUCAGAGGAUUGCUCACCUGAGAACUCGUUUUCAUUCACUAAGGAGUCGAUUCAAGUCUUCAGCCAUAAAAGCUGGUUUAAGAAACAAACGGCUGAAGAGACGAAGGAAGAGGACUGGGUUAUCAGUGUCUGGACCGUCAGGGGACGACCAGACAAACAGGACUACAUACGGGGCAACGUCUCAGACCACCGACUAUGACGACCGUGAUGACAUAGAUGAUAUAUUUGCCUCUGUAGGUUUGUGACACUUUGGAAUUGGACACAUCCAAGGAAACAAAUUACUGUAUGCAGCAGAGCUCAGUAUAUGACACAUACAUCUGUUUUUAAUGGGAAGAAGGAUGGCAUUUAAUGUGUAAUGAAAACUAAUGAUUGGACAUUAUGUGACUGUUAUACUGGUUCAAAUACCAGUUCCACUAACAACAGUUUUUAGAAAUAUGAGAGUCUGACCUGAACAGCUAUUUGAACCAUUUACGGUUCAUGUCAAAUGAGGAAGGAAUUGCUUAGUGAUGAAAUUAGGUGAGCUCGUCUUGUUCGUGCACACUGAGGCCACAGUUUCAUGGUACGAAACAACAAAUGAAGCUUCAUCCCCUUUCAGACCUGCCAGCUACAGCGCCCACAUGUUGAAAAACCAUUAUUACAGCUAUUAAGUGCACAUCUUGUUCCACCCUCUGAAGACAGCACUACAGUAUAAUAACAAACCAUUAUGCACAACGAAAUAAAAUCAGCUCAGUGGACCAUGAAUAAUGUGAAUUAGUCCAUUUUAAGUGGUAAAAGCCAUCUGUGUUACAGAUGCAGUGUCUAAAAGAGGCUCUUGAGAUGACGUGACACCGAUUGAGGAAGCUGAGCAGCUCGUUAAGGCGCUGAUGGUAUUUCUGGCUCCACCUGGUGGAGGUAUUAAAUGAAUGUACUCAGUGAUUAGUUCCAGACUUUUGAUUGUUCUCCUAGAAUACAAAAUGAAACCUUCAACCUUGUAAGGCAGCAGAAGUGGCAAUCUUCUCUAGAACUGAGUUUGUACCUGCUGAGGCUGUGAGUGCUCAACAGAGAACAGCCUGGCAGUGGCAUGUGGUAGGCAGGGAGGUCUCAGCUGUAGCCGUUCAAGUUUAUUAGAAGAGCUAAGCAGGCACCACAUGGAAAUCAUGCAGGUGUCUUGUCCUGUAGUGACACGUGAUUGCUCAGGAGUGGAUGCCGUGCUCCACGCUAGAAGCUAAAGGGUUGGUUUUGUUACAGCCUGUGGUUUUGCUGCCCACUUUCUGAUCAUCCUCUGCCAAAGAAGACACAAUCCUCCCAUCUGCACAAAUACAACGGUGCAGUUUUCUUCCCCCUCACUGAGCCUGACUGGGUUGAGUUAUGGUCUCACAUCAGCUCACCAGCUUUAUUUGUGCAUAUGAGUCUGCAGAUUCCUGUGUUUUCUGAGUUUCAUCUCCACCAGUGGAGGUCAACUUUUGUACUCGCCUGCGGUGAGAGAAAAGAGCAGCGAUAAAGCCUUGAAUGUCUGCAUUCUGCAUACACAGGUACACAGGAAGUCAAACCAUUUUUUUCUCUGCGUGAAGUCGGAGUGACUGUGAAAUGUGAAAUGCUAUCACUAUCCAGAUAUUUACACUUGAUGAGAGGUCCAAUUUGAUGGACACAAAGGAGAAUCUACACACCACCAAAAGCCUUUGGUCUCAUUUAAGGCUAUUUUUACCACAACUGCAAUGUGCACAGUUCUCUAUGUGUGCUCUGCUGAACCACAAACACUUUGCAGCUAUUAUCUGCAACAGAAAGUGAAGAAAACCAAUUCUGCUAUCUUGCAAAUUUUCUUUAGUAGAUGUGAAAACAAGCGAUGAAAUGUACUUAAUUGUUUAUAUUCUGAGGAUGAAAAACAGUAUUUUAAUGCACUGCACAAAGAAUGAGUUUGGCCUUGCUACUUUUAAUUACAUAAUUUGCAAAUAACUUGCAUAAACUCAAUGUAGCGUGAUCUGACAGCAAUCUAGACAUGCGUUUGUGGUGCACACUACCAACUGUAUGUCACCAACAUCUGUAUACAGAGUUUUGGUAUGUGUGUGGGCUGUUGAGGUGAUUUAGAUGUGUUUACAUUUACUGACCAUGUCCUCUUUUACCUGACCUUAACCACUUGCACCUCAAUAGGAUGGUUAGGGACUACAAUUUGUUGGCAGGCAGCACUAAUAAUAUUUAAAAUGUUGAAAUGUCAGUAAUUACAGCUGCUUGCUGACUCUCUUACAGGUGUACACCCUAAGAGCCUUUGUCAUUAUCAGUCUUCAGCACCGUCUGCUGCCUCAGCUUUAAGUAGGGAGACGACAGUUUGUGGGACACCCCAUCUGUCUAACCCUAACCCUAACCCUUAAUAGCACAUAAUUGUAAAUACAUGACUCCAUGUGGCUUCAGUGCUGGAUUUGUACAUUAUUUUGUUGGAAUGGGUGAAUCUCCAGGGAUUCUGCAAAUGCAUCAGUUAUGGCCGGUGGGCAUAAUAUGACCUAAAACAGGAGAGACUAUGUAGGUCUGCACUCCCAAUAUGCUGUACUUCAAUUUAUUUCCCCGCCACCUUAAUAGCAGCAGGGGAAUAGAACAUGUUUCAGGUCUCAGCUUUUGUACGGCAUGUCACGUAGGGAUUUCUUAACAUUUAUGCUUAGAGGUGUGUUAAAUCAAUCACAUCAUUCCCUCCACAGAGACAAAAAAGCAAAGUAGAGCCAUAGAGGCCAACUUAGUGCAUCGAGCCCUUGUAAUGCCACUCAUUACUCAGCCUGUUCUCCAAUAGUUCAUUGAUGCAAAGCAUAAAAUUGUACCAAUCCCAUGACUAAAGUGGGGAAAAUAACUAGAGACAAUGGUGCAAGGUUGAAAUCCUCAUUAAGGCCAGAGUGGGACACUGAAUAUAAACAGUGCCGCCAGUACAAUAUUUUUGUGUCUGUCCCUUGUCCAUAAGGGCUUUCAGUCCCAGUGCAUUUAAUGUGUUUAGUAUUAUGAAUAUGUCUAACAAUGUGUGAUUUAAAUAUCUUGUCUACAGAUUUUUUCGCUAACUAAUCCGUGUCCAAUAAUGCAUGUGAGAAAUCCUGUAGAGCAUAAAGUGCCAUAUACCAGAGGGCUGAGACCUGAAACAAGCUGCAUGUUUGGGCCCUGUAUGUGCUCUAUCCUCCUGCUGUAAUUAAUAUAGAAAGAAAAGAAAAGCAUAGUGGGAGUGCACACCUUUUGAUUUUUUCAUGUUUGAGGCCAAUGUCUGCGUACCUGUGCUCACAAAUUCUGCUGGGAGGGCAGAGUUUUUUAUUCAACUCUAUAAAUAUGACUUUUAAGAGCACCCAGUUGUACCAUUACCAUCCAUCCAUUUACUUUAAAUACUUACUUGCUCUCAGUCACGGUCAAGGAGGGCAUUGCUACUGCACUGCAAUAAAAAAAAUGCGCUGACUGUACUGUUGCACAUUGCAGAGCUUUACUAGCUCCAUUUUAUUUCAACAUUUUAACAUGACUUCAUCUGUUGUCAUAAAGGUGUCUUCAGCUUCUUAGUCAAUGCUACAGCUGGGAUUUUAAGACAAACUUGAAAUCAGAUGAAUUUGAUGUUUUGACAAAAUAAUGUUAGAUGUAAAAAUGUAUAUUUCAGAUGUUAGCAUUUUGAACAUGUUGGCUGUUUGCAGGACAGACGAGUGCAAGUUUUAUUGGCAUAUUUGGAAUUGGACUCAGAGGAGUGUUGCAGGUUAGCAGUGUUAAUGUUUAGCCAAAGAUGACGGUUCACUGGUUUAUCAUUUUAUUGUUAAAAAGUGGUUUUGCAUUCAGCUACUACUUAACGUCACAACUAACCAUUAUGCAAGCUGUGCUACUGAGUUUUGGACAUUUUCUUCUGUAUUGUACCAUUUGUUGCCAUUCAUUUCAAUGCGAUAUUAAAAUCUGUUGUAGCAUAUUUCAUGAGCGUGCUAUUUUAGAAGUUAAUAGUGCAACAAUUUGUUGAUUAAUCAAUUAGUCAACUGACAGGAAAUUAAUCAGCAGGAACACUGCAUUACUUUCUGUCAAAGUUAUAGUGGGCAAUGGCUGCCUGGAACUGUUGUUAAAAAAGAUUAAAAAAUCUGAAACUAUAUAAAAAUUAUCAGCUAAACUGCUGACACUAUUAAGGAUGCUUUAUUUGUAGUUAGCAGCUGAAACAAACUGAUUUGGUCCUUCAAGGCCCCACACAGAUGUGGCUGUGUGAGACUUCCUGGACAUUUCUUAUAUUUUUAUUUUUGGAAGAGUUAGUUGUUGCAUUGAACGGCUCAACACUGACAAGCCUUAUGUUUCAUAACUGGCUUCGGUAAAAAUCAAAAUAAACCAUGGCCACAGUGAUGUGUGGUUCAUGAACGAGUUGACUCUAUGAGCCGGCUCCUUUAGGUGUAAAAUGGGAACCUGCUCUCGUCUGAGAGGUCAUUUCUUUUUUUGCUUCCUUUGUUUUUAUUACUUAAUAGAAGACAGAAUAAUAGGAUGAUCCUAUAACAUAUUUGUUAAACAUGAUGUAGAUAUGUUUGACUUUGGUAUUAAUGUAUAAUUAAGACCGAAGCAUGGCAAGACUUGUGUAUGUUGUGCCACUUGUCAACAUAUAAAUCUGUUCAA